GACCUCUUUUUCCUCCCCGCGCGCCUGGAGUGCGGCUUGCGAUUGGCUGCAACCCCUGCCGUGGUCCCGCCCCCUCCUUGCGCAGCUCCGCCCUUCGGCGCCUAGAGCCACCGGAAGCAAGCAUGGCGGCUCCCGGGGCAGCGGCUACAGACCUAGAGGUGGUCCGAGGCAAGCGGGCCGCUCUCUUCUUCGCUGCGGUGGCCAUCCUGUUGGGGUUACCGCUCUGGUGGAAGACCACGGAGACCUACCGGGCCCCCUUGCCUUACUCCCAGAUCAGUGGGCUGAAUGCCCUGCAGCUGCGGCUCACGGUACCCAUCACCGUCGUGUUUACCCGGGAUUCAGUGCCAUUGGACGACCAGGAGAAGCUGCCCUUCACCGUUGUACAUGAGAGAGAGAUCCCUCUGAAAUACAAAAUGAAAAUCAAAUGCCGUUUCCAGAAGGCCUAUCGGAGGGCUCUGGAGCGCGAGGAGGAGGCCCUGUCACUGGGCAGUAUGCAAGAGGCAGAAACCGUGUUAGCUGAGCCACAGAAGCAAGCAGAGGGCUCCCUGACUGUGUAUGUGAUCUCUGAAAACUCCUCGCUUCUGCCCCAGGACAUGAUGAGCUACAUCGGGCCUGAGAGGACAGCAGUCGUGAGAGGGAUCACACACCGGGAGGCCUUUAACAUCGUCGGCCGCCGUGUAAUCCAAGUAGCGCAGGCCAUGUCUUUGACCGAGGCCGUGCUCGCUGCGGCCCUGGCUGACCACCUUCCGGAGGACAAGUGGAGCUCUGAUAAGAGGCGGCCUCUCAAGUCCAGCUUGGGCUAUGAGAUCACCUUCAGUUUACUCAACCCGGACCCCAAGUCCCACGACGUCCACUGGGACAUCGAAGGGGCCGUCCGGCGCUAUGUGCAGCCCUUCCUGAGUGCCCUCAGUGCUGCGGGCAACUUCUCUGUGGACUCUCAGAUUCUUUACUAUGCAGUGUUGGGGGUAAACCCACGCUUUGACCCAGCUUCUUCCAGCUACUACUUGGCCGCACACAGCCUCCCUCAUGUCAUCAACCCAGUGGAGUCCCGGCUGGGAUCCAGCGCUGCCUCCCUUUACCCUGUGCUCAACUUUCUGCUGUAUGUACCUGAGCUUGCCCACUCCCCGCUGUACAUUCAGGACAAGGAUGGGGCUCCAGUGGCCACCAACGCCUUCCACAGUCCCCGCUGGGGUGGCAUUAUGGUCUACAAUGUGGACCCCAAAGCCUACAAUGCCUCGGAGCUGCCAGUGAGGGUUGAGGUGGACAUGGUGCAAGUGAUGGAGGUGUUCCUGGCUCAGUUGCGGCUGCUCUUUGGGAUUGCUCAGCCCCAGAUGCCUCUGAAAUGCCUGUUUUCAGGGUCCAAGAGUGAAGGGCUAACGACCUGGGAGCUCGACCGGCUGCUCUGGGCUCGGUCAGUGGAGAACGUGGCCACAGCCACCACCACUCUCACUUCCCUGGCCCAGCUUCUGGGCAAGAUCAGCAACAUUGUCAUCAAGGACGAUGUGGCAUCUGAGGUGUACAGGGCUGUAGCUGCAGUCCAGAAGGCAGCAGAGGAGUUGGCCUCUGGGCACCUGGCCUCUGCCUUCAUUGCCAGCCAGGAAGCUGUGACAUCCUCGGAGCGUGCCUUUUUUGACCCCUCGCUCCUCCACCUCCUCUAUUUCCCUGAUGACCAGAAGUUUGCCAUCUAUAUCCCACUCUUCCUGCCUAUGGCUGUACCCAUCCUCCUGUCCCUGGUCAAGAUCUUCUUGGAAACCCGCAAGUCGUGGAAAAAGCCUCAGAAGACAGACUGAGCAGGACAGCAUCUCAGCAGGAAGCCUUCCUUUCUGGCCAGAAUGGGAGCUGUUAGAUUGAGAGGCACAGAAAUGGGGCCUGCCGUGAAGGACUUAGCUCCAGUAACCAAAGUACAACACUCCAAGCAGGGUUCCUCUUUCCUUCCCUUCCCAUUCCUCUAGCUCAGGUUCCCCCCACAACCUUUGUGCCCUCCCUCUUCCCCUUCCUCCAGAAGAUAGUCAUUUGGGUCUCCUUAUCUGGCUUAAACUUGAAGGCCCUUUCCUUUCUCCCUCGGGGCAGGGGCAGUUUGUUGUGCUUCCGUCCUGUGUCCUGUUCGUCCUGUUCCUCGCAGUCCUCUUGAACUCAGAGGGAGCAUUAGGGGAAAGCCCUGGGUUGGAUUCUAGCCCCCUCCCCUCCAUACUUCUCUCUGAUCCCUCAGGGAGAGCCCUAGCACUGCUCUCAUGGAAGGGGCCAGGUCACCUCUGGGGCCUUCUCCUCUCCUCCCCUCCCUCCUGGCUGGCUGUGCCUGUUGGGUAUAGCCUGAUGCUUUGCGUGUGGCCGAGUUUCCCUUCACCCUUUUAUAGAGGUAGUGUGGUGCAGUGGGGAAGGGUCCAGACUUUGGUAUCACGCAUGCCUGAAUUCAGACCCUUGUUUCUGUACCUUCUGCACUUCUCGUCUGGGGAGCAUUGAAUAAGCCACUUAAUCUCUCUAGCCUCAGUUUUUCAUUUGUUCAAACAGCACUAAUGAUACCUCCCUUACAAGGUGGUUAUGAGGAUUAAAUGUGAUAAGCAUAUGAAAGUGUCUGGCAUAUUUUAGGCUUUCAAUAAACAUUGGUUGAAUGUGAAUUGGAA